AUGGACACUGUGGACUUAGACUUCAUCUUUCAAUUCGCCAUCACGGAUUUGGACCUCCCUGAGAACGGGCUUGGUGCAUUUUCGACUAUAGAAUUACAAGUUCCUACACCCCCAGAUUCAAGCCCCGGGUCGCCAAUAAGCGAUGUUCUGAACGACGUGCAGGUUUCAAUAUCGACUGCAUUCCACCCAGACGCGUGCUGGGAGCAUUUUCGACCUGACUUCGCACUUUUGUCUUCUGAUUCAGUAACAUUUUAUGUUCACUUGCAAGUAAUGCUCAGUGGCUCCAAAAAUUCAUUCCGAUCAUUAUUACCAAUCUAUCUCCCCGACGUCCCAAUUUCUACUCUUGCCCAAUCACGAGAGGAUCUCUCCAACACGGCAGUUCACGUCCCAGAAUCCUCACAGGUUCUGAACAUCAUCCUUCAUGCUAUUUAUGGUUUGUCUUGCGCCCAUUAUGCACCCACUUUUGAGACACUUUCUGCUGCAGUUAAUCAGCUUCCAUUGUAUGGCAUGGAUCCAGAAACGUAUAUCGCAAUUGAUACCCCACUAUACACCCUGCUUCUCUCUCAUGCGCCCCUUCUCCCAAUAAACGUUUAUACACUCGCCGCCAAACAUGAUCUGCAUCACCUGGCAGUGUCCGCCUCACCACACCUAUUGUCGUUUUCGCUCCCUACCCUUACAGAUGAAAUGGCGAAAGAGAUGGGAUCCAAGUACCUACGCAAAAUGUUCUUCUUGCACAUGGGUCGUGUAGAUGCUCUCAAAAGACUUCUAUUGCAGCCACCCCCGCCUCACGCCCCUAUUCGCGGUUGCGCUUUUGCUGAUCAGAGAACUUUGACUCGCGCCUGGGCAUUAGCGUCAGCUUAUGUUGCAUGGGACGCUCGACCAGAUAUAUCAAAAGGCUUCUUAGAGUCUGCUCUUACUCCUUUGGCCGAACAUUUGACCUGCGAACUUUGCAAGAAAAGUCUGAAUGAGCGAAUCAGAGAUCUUGUCGUAAAUUGGUCUAUUGUGAAGGUACCUUUCAGUUUCCUCAACAUACUCACAGAACUUAUGUCCCUGCAGCGCACUAUCUAA